AUGUCGAAACUACCAUCCACCACUCGAACUCUUGUUGCACCAAAGAAGUGUCUCCCAGCAGAGUACACAGUCAUAGAGCAACCUAUACCCAAGAUCACCAAACCAAAUCAGCUCCUUCUUCGUAUGAAAGCUGCUGCAAUCAAUACGGGUGAAACAGGGUUUGCAGCUGGCCAGUUUGACUUGCUCUACAAGGCCUCGAACUUCCCGAUCCCAUUUGGAAUCGAAGGCUCUGGUGUAGUUGUAGAAAUUGGUUCUGCAGUCACAGAGUUCAAAGUCGGGGAUGCAGUCUACGGCAUGGAGUUUGAGAAACCUCAUCUCUGUAGACCUCCUGCAGCUUGGGCCUCGACAUAUGCCCUGACAGAACCACAGUUUCUUCACAAGAAACCAGAUCAUGUGUCUUUUGAGGAAGCCGCUGCUGCCCCAGCUCUCGCAGUAACUGCAUACCAGGGCAUCAAGCGUGGACUGCAGCUUCAGGGUAGAGAUAGUCUGGCAGGGCAGACGGUUUACAUACCCGCUGCUCUCAGUGCUUCUGGUAAUACAGCAAUCCAGAUCGCACGGAACUAUUUCGGCGCUGAGAAGAUAAUUUCGACUGUUUCGACGCCAAAGAUGGGCCUGGUUGAAGAGUAUCUUCCCGGAAUGGUCACCCAACUGUACGACUACAAGACCCAAGAUAUCGUCAAGCUCAUCGGCCGCGGCACCGUCGAUUUUGCAAUAAGCACUCAAUUCUCCACCCUCAACGAAAGCAUCUCCGUCCUCAAAACCGACGGUAUCCUGAUGAGCAUCGCGAGCAUCCCCAAAAGUGAAGUCAUGGCAGAAAUGCUCGGUCCCAAGUUCCCCAGAUGGCUUGGCUGGAUUCUCGAUUUCUUGCAGAUCUGGUACACGUGGAAGUUGCGCGGUACAAGGAUUCAGUAUGAGUUUAUAUCGGGACAUCCAGGGCUUCGAGAAGAUAUGGAGGUUGUGGCGGACAUGGUUGCCAAGGGGAUUGUCAAGGCUGUUCACACGGCGGUGGACAUGGAUGAUUUGGAAGAGGUGAGGAAGGGAUGCGAGAAGACUCUUAAGAAUUGUGCCAAUACGAUGCUCGAAAAGCUCAUUGUUGAGUUCUUCAUGCAACUGGUCAAGUCGAAGUCCGUUACUGGGGAAGCAUAG